AGCUCUGUUCUCACUCUGGGUUGCGCCCCCUGCGGGGCGUCCGGGGCUAAGAAAUCCCCACGCUCGCUUUUCUGUCCCCGGGCCCGCCGAGUUCGCUCACUUGCAGUGUACCUACCCUCCUGGUCCCUCUCCCCUGUGCUUGGGGUAGCGAUUGUGGCACCUAAGAGCUGGGAGGUAGCGGAACUUAUCAACAAAGAAUAGCCGAACCGUGGUGGCACAGAGGCCAUCAUGUGUUCUGGUAGAGGGAAGAGCUGGAGAAAGUUGGCCAGACACUGUACUAGGGGGCCAGCCAGCAUUUUGUUCCUAUUCCAGUCCCAGGAAGGUCACUCUUGAUUACUGGCUUUGGUUCUCACCGAUUAUACUGUACUGCCGGCUGGCCCUAGAGAUGCUGGCUGACCAGAAUGGAUGUAACAAAAGGGUCCUUCUUCUAGGGGAGUUUUCCAGUUGCUCUUUGCUUUUCUGCUCUCUAAGCCGGUACAUCUUGGACUAUGGCUUGCUAGACCUUAGACCCUCUGGGCUGUGCUUGAGGCAGGACUGAUCGACAGUGUACUUUAGACAUUUGGAAAUGGGCAAGAUGGGUACCUGUCCAGUAUUGCCUGGAACUCCCCAGUCCUUUGUGCCAUCUGAUGUUCCUGACAGUUCCUGUCGCUCUCUUCCCACUUUCCGAUUCCACCCCCCCAUCCCCCACGCUUUUCUGAAAUACUGCUCGGAGAGGUGCCUGUAGCAGGCGGGGAGUUUGUUCAGCUGGCCCUCCCCAUCCUUCCAACUGUUGCUUGGGGCUCACCCUAUCAUGCCAAUUGUCCACGUCCUAUACAUUCAACAAAAUAACUGGGUGUUUCAUCAAGGCAGCCUGGAGGGGUUGUUUAGACAUGGUCUUAAGGCAGCCUUGAGUAGGUCUCAUCUAAGUAUUCAAACAUCACAAAUGUCCGCCCUAUUCCAAGUGACCUUCCUCACAAAGGCUUCGUGGGGCCCAAAGACUUUUCCCUUAGUAGGUCAGCACACUGUCGGGUGACCUCUCUCACCUGGCUUCCUCAGAGGUCACAGUCCUAGGGGUGAGGACUCUGUCCUGCCUCAGCUCGGAAAGCAAUAUUCCAAUAUUCUGCCUCUCACUUUUUCCGCUCCGUUGCCACGUCACCACCUUAGGACGCUUAGCAGCUCCUGGUACUCAGGCCUCAACCUGACGAAUGGGGCCUGCAGGUCCCCGAGAGCUGGGAAAUUACUGAGGGAGCCUCACUCAGCCCUGCCCCCAUGCCAGGCUCCUUGGCAACUCCCUUAGCGUCCUUCCAGCAGGCUGCUAUCUUUUUUCCAGCUGCCUCUGUUGGGAGGAGUCACAUGGUUGGCAAGAAAGCCAGCCGCUCACCUGACUCCCCUCUCCCCUCUCUUGGGGGAACCAGGCAGGCACCACUUUCACAGUGGAGCAAAGGGAGGCUUUCUGAGUGGGAAGGAUGCCAACAGUACUGUGUUUCUCUUAAGGCACUUUAUCACUCAUUAACGUCAAAGGGACAGGGAGUCUACCUUAGCCUAUCCAUAGGGAUACAGGGGGUCUAGAGAGGUAAGGGACACCCAAGAUCAUACAGGCUCAAAGCCUGAGCUGACACUAGGUAAGGGGUAGGAGCCUGUAAGGGUUCUUACAGGGCCUGAGGCCAUGUGGUGCCCUAGCUUGGGAGCUUUAUCUGCCUGGUUGUCUGUCUUUGUCCCACCAAGCAUGGGUAUGUGCCCUGAGGGCAGUGGGUGGUGUCAGCCAUUUGGAGCUGAGAAGCCACCUGCCCCUUGUUGUUUGUUAAGAGACAGGGUUCCUCUGUAACAGUCCUGGCUGUCCUGGAACUUGCUUUUUAGACUAGGCUGUCCUCAAACUCACAGGCAUCCACCUGCCUCUGCUUCCCAAGGACUGGGACUAAAGGCGUGCACCACCUCUGCCUGACUGUUCCUUGGUUCUUAUGGCUAUCCAGGCUUCUGGACAGAAGUUCCUCAUCAUAGUCUUUUUCUGAGUAGGGAUCUGGCUGUGUCCUAAGUCAUAACCGAUUGGAGAGGCAACUACCUUCUGGACCAAGCCUCCCUACCUGCCCAUGUAGUUUGGAGAGGUUCAGAGGAGGGGAGGUGGGAGAGAGGAGCCUUUGCUAUGGGCCAGUGAUCAAGGCUGAUAUCAGUGGGGGGGUGUGUGGAGGGUGGGAUCACCUUCCUAACUACCCCCUGUCGUGUUUCAGUCUCCAUCUCUUGGCCAGGAUGCAUCAGGAUGUAAUGCAAGGGGUGGAGCUAACUAACCAACAGAAAGAAAGAGAGCUUACCAGCCCUGGGUGGGUCCAUCUGAAGGUGGUGGGUGCUAGGGGCUACUGACUUCAGUGUUUGCAGGAUGCUGCCGUGUAGAAAGGCAAAGUCCCUGGUGAAUAGGCAGUGGCCAUCUAGGGGAAGGAGGCAGAGGAAUAACUGCUCAUUGUUAGGAGAAACUUGAGAUUAUUGCAGACAACGUCUAGGUGCCAGAAGGUGUUUUCUGGCUUGGCUAAGACUGAAGUAUGAGUGACAAAGUCCAGAGGUAGUCUAAGACUUGAUGUCCAUGCGGCCUCAUUCUUCCUAUCUGCCCCACCUACCUGACUGUUACCUUUUCCUUAUAGAGGCUGGGCUGGUAUCAGAACACUUCUCUCAGGCCCCACAAAAGCUGUCCUUCUACAGCUGGUAUGGCAGCACCCGGCUCUUCCACUUCCGCGUGCCCCCAGACACAGUGCUGCUUCGCUGGCUGUUGCACGCGUCCCAGAGCGGUCCCUCAUGCACUGACGUAGAGAUCACGGUGCAUUUCCGCUAUGGCGCCCCUCCUGUCGUCAACCCGCUGGACACUAGCUUCGCUGAUAACACCUUGAGCCAGGCCUCCUUCCACAUCAGGGCAUUGCUGAGCACCAUGCUUCUGGGCAACACCUCUGUCAACAUCUCUCACCCAGCCCCUGGGGACUGGUUCGUGGUGGCUCACCUCCCUCCCGCAUCCCAGAAGAUCGAGGUGAAGGGCUCUGUUCCUACCUGUGCCUACUUCUUCCAGCCUGAUAUGCUAGCCAUGAGGGUGGUUGAAGUCUCCAUCCUAGAGCCUGAUGUCCCCCUCCCACAGACGCUGCUCUCCCACGCCAGCUACCUCAAGAUCUUUGUCCCUGAAUACACCCAGGAGCUUCGGUUGAACCUGCAGGGCUGUGUGUCCAGUGUGAGCCCCGGCUGCCCAGUGCGUCUCACAGUGGGUGCAUCCACCCUGCCUAGAAACUUCCAAAAGGUGCUGAGUUGCACUGGCCUCACUCCGUCCUGCCAUUUGCUACUGUCCUCACCCCCCUGGGGCCGGUGGCUACAAGUGACAGUUGAGAGCCUGGCAGGACCUCAUGUGUCAGUGGUCUUCAAUGUUGAAGCUGCUUUUACAGUGUGCAGGCCUUGGAGUGUGACCUUCCAUCGUCUUAUGCAAAACAACCCAAACCAGAGCUAUGACACCUCUGUGGGCCGACCGUCCCAAAGCCCUGCCCACUGGGAACUGGGCAGGAGUGGUGGCGUAGGCAGUGGCCCCUCCUGUCUCCUGAACUAUCCAGUCAUGAGAGAAGACAUGGACGUGGUGUCUGUACACUUCCAGCCCCUAAAUGGGGCCUUCGUGAUGGUGCAUGCAAACCUACCUUCUGUGAUGCGGCUCCGUCUUGACACAGGCAUGGACAGCGGGGGCUCUCUCAUCAUCAGUCUGAGGGCUAACCAGACAGAGAUCACAAAUGGUACCUUGGUAGCAGCUUGUGUGAAUGCUGCCUCGCCCUUUCUCAGCUUCAACACUUCACUCAACUGCACCACAGCCUUCUUCCAGGGCCAUCCCAUGUUUCUGAGUGCCUCUUCUCACACGGCCAAUCUCAUCAUUCCUUACCCGGAGACAGAGAACUGGUACCUCUCCUUGCAGCUUGUGUGCCCUGAGAAUUCUGAGGAAUGUGAACAGGCCGUAGCUCGUGUGGAAACCAUCUUGUAUCUGGUGCCCUGUUUGAAUGACUGUGGGCCUUACGGCCAGUGCCUCCUGCUCCGUAGAUAUGGCUAUCUGUAUGCAGGCUGCAGCUGCAAGGCAGGUUGGCGCGGGUGGAGCUGCACCGACAACAGCACGGCGCAGACUGUGGCCCAGCAGAGGGCAGCCGCGCUCCUGCUCACGCUCAGCAACCUCAUGUUCCUGGCCCCCAUUGCUGUGUCCCUGCACCGGUCCUUCCUGGUUGAGGCCUCUGUCUACUUUUACACCAUGUUCUUCUCCACGUUCUACCACGCCUGUGACCAGCCGGGGGAGGCAGUGUUGUGCAUCCUCAGCUAUGACACACUUCAAUACUGUGACUUUCUGGGCUCGGGGGCGUCCACCUGGGUGACCAUUCUCUGCAUGGCCCGUCUGAAGACAAUCCUGAAACAGGUCCUGUUUGUCCUGGGCACACUGGUCAUCGCCAUGUCCUUGCAGAUGGAUCGCAGGGGCAUCUGGAACUUGAUGGGACCCUGCCUCUUUGCCUUUGUGAUCAUGGCCUUCAUGUGGAUGUACCGCUGUGGGCACCGGCGUCAGUGCUACCCCACCUCGUGGCAGCGCUGGCUCUUCUACCUCCUGCCUGGCAUCUCCAUGGCCUCUGUAGGUAUCGCCAUCUACACUUCCAUGAUGACCAGUGAAAAUUACUACUACACGCACAGCAUUUGGCACAUCCUAUUGGCUGGUAGUGCGGCUUUCCUCCUGCCACCACCAGAGGAGCAGGCCGAGUCGUGGGCUUGCUUGCACAAGUUCCCUUGUCACUAUCAGAUCUGCAGGAAUGAUCCGGAUGAGCUGUACACAGUGACGUGAGAGGGCUGGCUCAAGGACACCUGAUACUCUGAUGACCUCUGCAGCUAGGGCAGGAACAAGAGAGGUGCCUAUCUAGCCCGACCAGGUUUCCACCUGAAUAAAAUUGUCCUGCGACCCUUGGCUUCUUUUCCCAGAGGAGAGGACUCCUCCAUCCCUAAAUCUUUGUGGCUGCUGCCACUGUCCUCUGUAGGCCCCAGCUGCUUCUACCUGGAGACCGCAGGUACCAUCUGUGGGCAGAUCACUAUGUUAAGGUUGAAGAUAUAGAUAAGGGACCCCUAUUGUCCCAUUUGCUUGUGAAGCUGUAAUGUGAGACAUACAAGACAAGGAAGCCUGAGUCCACAGAGACCACUGUCCCUAACAGCAUGUACCAUCCUGCCUUGGCAUGGGGAUGCCCUGUUGCUGCUGUUGCUGUAGAUGAGUCCAAGAGCUGAUCAGGCCCUGGGGGGCCAUGCACUGUCCCUCGUUCUCUGUUGGAGCCACAGAUCCUGAGAAGAACCUGAAGUGGCAGGGUACUCAGCUGUGUGAGGAGUGGCCCCAGAAGGCACACACAACCCUCCUUAUGUGCCCUCCUCAUCCUAAAGGUCCUACCUAGGUCCUAGUCUAAUGAGCAUUAAUUUGUGUUGCCCCUUGGAUGCUGACCCCUUACUGAAUUAGCUGAGGCUUCAGGAGAGUGUUCUGGAACCCUGGCCCAAUCUUUCUGGUGCCUCCUGGGGGCUCUAAACUGAUUGGUACGGUGGUCCUGUUCCACUGUGAGGGCCAACUGCUCUGUGGCCUUGGACUUUUGGCCUGGUUUUGUCGGGAUAUGGACUUUCUGGGCUGCUCCCCCAGCUACUGACACGCUUUAUUUGGCCACCAAAGCACACUUCAGCCCCUGAAAGGGGAAAUAUGUAUAUAUUGUUGGGGGGAGGUGGUAAAAUGUGAAACUGUUCUAUGAAGGCAUAUUUUUAUGUAAUUGAUUAAUUUAAUAUUCUAUAAUGAUUUUUCAAACCAAA